AUGCCUCCCAGGCGACAACCUGCUCGCAAUGCUCAGGCCACUGUCCACUUCGUCGGCGACGACGUCGUCGCCAAGCGCACAAAGCGCCAUCUCGACGAACUCGAACGCUCCAACUACACCGAACCUUCCUCUAGCUCUUACCCUGGUCUUGCAGACGACGAUGACGAACCUGCUGCCAAGUCUGCUAAGGGUCGUGCGCGUCAAGUAAUCUCAGACAAGCGUCUCCAGGCGCUGCCAGGUCCAAAGCGCAAGAAGUCGACCAUGAACGUUCGGUCCGCCGUCCUCUAUCCAAAGAGCCUUGCGACGUUGAUUGAACAAUCCGGCAUCGCGCACUUGCCACCGAGCGUGCCUACAUACCUCACUGCGACCGCCGCGCCACCGAAGGUUCCCCCUCGUGCGCUGUGUUCAGUCUGUGGCUACUGGGGCCGCUACAAAUGCAUGAAGUGUGCGAUGUCGUAUUGCGAUCUGAAUUGCCAGACGACCCACGACGAGACGAGGUGCGAGAGGCGUGUGUUGUGA